UAUGCAGUCGAAACUUCAAAUGAAUAAGUUUUAGUUUUUAUUAUUACUCAUAAACAUUUUUUAAAUGAAAGUCACUUGAAAAAAUGGAUAAAUUAAAUGCUCUAAUUUGUUGUGGCAGCAAUAAUUGUACCACAACAAACUCACAAGCACAAAUCCCACAGGAACAGGAGUUGCAAAAGUUAAAAACGGAUAAAGAAAAUUCGACACAAAUGAAUAAAAUAAAUCAAAAAAAUAAUUAUGAAAACAAAAAACAACAAAAUGCAGAUAUAAAAAAUCUAGAGAACAACGAUGAAAAUUCUAGUCAGCAACGUCGCUCACAACCAGAAUUCGGAACGCAACACAAACAACAAAUUUCACGGCCACUCUCAGAGGCGAAUUCGGAGUUAAGCUGUGAUUUACUUUCGGACAAUAAUAAUUGCAAAUCCAGUAUCGAGCUAUCAACAAAUACCUCUGGCAUCGGCAGUGCAGAUAAUCGUUACUCCGAUGAGCAAGUUACCAACGGAGAUGAUGUAUUAGACAAACGUGGUAGUGUCAACUCGAAUGAAACUGCAGGAAGUGGUGGUGGCAGUAGCGGUAGUCAUAGUGAUCGGAAACGCGCACUUCCUAAACAUCAACGUCCAUUGACACGAUAUUUACCAAUUUUCUCACCGGAUUUAAAUUUACGCCAUCAUAUCGAAUCAGCUGGACACCAGAUUGCGCUCUGCCCUCAUGUAUUUGUAGAUGCGCACAGCUGUAGGGGAUAUUUACAUAAGUUGGGUGCUACUUUUCAUGGUUGGGCGCGACGUUGGUUUGUACUCGACCGUCAACGUAAUGCCUUUAUUUAUUAUUCUGAUAAGUCAGAACGGAAGCCGAGAGGAGGCGCAUACUUUUCGACAAUUGAUGAAGUUUAUUUGGAUCAUUUGAACGCAUCUAAAAGUGGUCGCCCACACUGCACUUUCAUUGUGAAAACAAAAAAACGCAGCUAUCAUUUACAAGCAGCUUCAGAUGCAGCUGCACGAAUAUGGAUUGAUGCCAUUAUAACCGGAGCUCAAGGAAACUUAGAUUAUUAGCUUUAAAUUAAAAUAUUGUUGUAAGUUAUCUUGUAAGAAUAGCUAAUAAUUUGGUAAUUAAUUUGUAAGUGUAUCUAAUUAUAUUUUUAAUGAAAUCACAGAUUUCUAUUAAUACUGAACCAAAGCAAAAUUAUAUAAAAUUGUAAAAUGAAUGCAUUACAUAUUUAAAUUUAAUCUUAACAAUAGUUAAAGGCAGCUCAUAGAAAUCGAUCAUAAUUUUAGAUCAUAUAUAACAAUGUAUUAUAAAUAAAAUUGUAUAUUAUCUUUAAGGUUAUAUAUUGUGACGUAAACGGUUUUAAUAAGGAGUUUUGAAAGUUUUUAUAAGGAGUUCUUCU